ACUUGUGUUCAAGAAAAUGUACAAAUACAAAGAUUUCCUCCAUUAUCACAAACUACUCCAUUAAUUUCCCUGCCACAGAGUGAUUAUGAAUUGGCCAUAACAAGGAUCUUAGCGAAACCUUUUAAAGUACCCAUUGCCAAUUAUGUGCCAGACUAUAAUAGUGGUAAUCGAUGUUUGGGUUUACGCAGAUCUACCAUUAGAAAAGCUUUACAUGAUCCCUAUGCCUGUAAUGCUUUAGUAUUGUAUAGCCCACCUAACUAUAGUGAACAUGAACGUUUGUCUAUGGAUCCUAAUAAAAUAUUGGUACAUGUUGUUGUGGAUCCUAUAUUAAGUAAUAUUUUGCGUCCCCAUCAAAGAGAGGGAGUACGUUUUAUGUACGAAUGUGUAGAAGGUAAAAAGGGUAAUUUCAAUGGUUGCAUUAUGGCAGAUGAAAUGGGUUUGGGCAAAACUCUACAAUGUGUCACUUUAGCCUGGACUUUACUGAGACAAGGUCCCGAUUGUAAACCCACUAUUUCCAAAGUUAUUAUAGUGUGUCCCUCAUCGUUGGUGAAAAAUUGGGAAAAGGAAUUUCACAAAUGGCUGCAGGGUCGCAUGCAUUGUUUAACCAUGGAAGGUGGUUCUAAAGAGGAUACCAUAAAAAACCUAGAACAGUUUGCCUAUAAUACCAGUCAACGUUGUGGUACUCCAGUGCUAAUCAUAUCCUAUGAAACAUUUCGUAUUUAUGCCGAGAUUUUAUGUCGCAAUGAAAUCGGCAUGGUUAUAUGUGAUGAAGGACAUCGCCUUAAGAAUAGUGAUAAUCUUACCUAUCAGGCUUUAAUGGGUUUAAAGACUAAGCGUCGAGUUUUACUAUCGGGCACACCCAUACAAAAUGAUCUAACCGAGUAUUUUAGUUUAGUGAACUUUGUUAAUCCCAAUAUGUUGGGCACCGCCUCAGAGUUCAAGCGCAGCUAUGAAAAUGCCAUUUUACGUGGACAAAAUGCCGAUUCUAGUGAUAAGGAACGACAAAGAGCAGUGGAAAAGACACAGGAGCUAAUUGCCAUAGUAAAUCAAUGUAUUAUUAGAAGAACAAAUCAAAUAUUAACCAAAUAUUUACCUGUUAAAUUUGAAAUGGUGAUAUGUGCCAAAAUGACCGCCAUACAA